CUUUUUGAGUGGAGACUGUCGGAUUGUGAAGUAACUGGAAUAGUCAGUGUUAAUUUGUUCAAAGACGCUGUCUUGGUUUUGGGGCCUUCUUGCCUCUCUCUCUCUUUCUCUCUCUCUCUCUCCUCAAAAGGAGGUUCUUGAGUUUCCAGUUGGACGCCAGGGUUGAGGCAGAGGCAGCCGGGGCAUGUCUAACCCCUGUGCCAGUGCUCUGGAGUUGCUGGGGCUGUUGGUGGGGAUGGUGGCAUGGUUCUGCUCCCUGGCCACCACGCUAAUGCCUCAGUGGCUGAGCACCUCCACCGAGUUGCUGGUGAUCGAGAGCUACGAGCUGGGCUUGUGGGAGACGUGCGUGGUGCAGGAGGUGGCGGGCACCGAGUGCCGAGCUUACGAGACUCUGCUGGGCCUCCCAUUCAACAUCCUGCUGUCUCGCGCCUUCAUGUGCGUGUCGGAUGCCACGGGCCUCUUGGGUCUCCUGGUGGUCAUCCCGGGCCUCAAGCAGGUCAAGUGCUGCGCAGGACACCAGGGGUGGCGUGUCAAGCGUGGGGUGAAGAUCACAGCAGGUGUGAUUUGCAUUGUGGCGGGUGUCACAGGACUAAUCCCUGUCUCCUACAUCGCCCACGAAACCGUGGUAAGGUUUUUUGACGAAACUUUACCCCACAUAGUGCCUCGGUGGGAGUUCGGCGACGCGCUCUUCAUUGGCUGGGCUGCUGGGUUCCUCCACAUUGUGGCUGCGUUUUUGUAUUUUGCUUCCUGCCUCAGGUCUGCAGGUCAUGAGCCCCGACUGGUGUACCACCAUGGCCAGGAUGAGCUUGAGCCUGUGAAGAGCUCUUCCAGUAAGCUCACAGAAUAUGUUUAACAUCUAAGAGAGGACCUCUGUGGAAUUCUUCAACAACUGGACUUCUUCUGACAGGACAUUAAUAAAAUGCUAAUUUUAAUAUAAUUUGAAUAUAUGAUUUUUAAUUUUUAAAUCUUAGAAAGGAUGAUAGAUUUUCCUCAUUCAUAACUGGAAAAUGGCUAAAUUUACACUGCUUUCUUUUCUUUGGUCACUGCAGUCUAACAGGUAAUCAUUUGCUUAAACCUAUUAGUAUGUGACAGUACUAGUAAUUUGAUUUUCACUUUUAUUGUGCUUCCAAAAAACUUUUAUGCACAACUGUAAAAUGUUCUGGAAUUGCUAAUAUUUGUUUGCAUUUUACCUGAGCACUGGCGGUUUUCAUGUUUAUCUAUGAAUUAAUGCAUUAUUUGGCGAUGAUUAUUAUAUUUUACAUAAAAGAA